AUGUACAGCAGCACUUCCAGUGACAGUGACGAGGAGUCAUCAGAGUGCAGCACUGUGCUCAGUACCUUUGAUGAAGAGGUGUUCACCAGGCAGUACACCAUCACAACGAAGAUCUUGGGCCAAGGUGGUACUGCCAAGGUCAUGCUGGCCAAGCACCGACUCACAGGUGCCUCGGUUGCUGUGAAAGCUCUGGUAAAGCGGAGUAAGGGGUGUGGGAUCACAGUGCCUGAGGUAGACAUCAUGAAGAUGCUCAGCCACCCUAACAUUAUUUCCCUCAUACAAGUGAUAGAAACGGAACAGAACAUUUAUCUAAUUAUGGAGGUGGCCCAGGGAAAACAGCUUUUUAAUCUCAUCAGGGAGGCUGGAUGCCUGAAGGAAGAUGAAGCUAGAAGCAUAUUUAUUCAGCUGCUCAGUGCUAUAGGCUACUGCCACGAUGAAGGCGUUGUCCACAGAGACCUAAAGCCUGACAAUGUGAUAGUGGAUGAGCAAGGAAAGAUAAAAAUUAUUGACUUUGGCCUCAGUGCUAGAUUCAGGCCUGGGCAAAAGCUGGAAAGGCUGUGUGGUGCCUUACAGUUCGUUCCUCCAGAAGUCUUCCUGGGCCUCACUUACGAUGGCCCCAAAUUAGACACCUGGACCUUGGGGGUUCUCUUGUAUUUUAUGGUGACAGGGUUGGUCCCGUUUGCAGGGAACACCUUGUCACAACUUAGGGAACAAGUUCUGAAAGGGAAGUAUGCCAUCCCCUAUCAGCUGUCUAAAGACUUGAGGAGCUUGAUUAGCCUGCUGUUGACAGUAAAUGCAAGGCAGAGACCAACUGUACACGACCUUAUGGGCCACCCAUGGCUUCAGAAAGGGGGAAAAACUCUUAAAAUGCAUUACAACAGGGACACCAGCUAUCCAGACCCUAGAAUCAUGUCAGCCAUGGGAAAUAUAGGGUUUGAUAUUCAGGAAAUAAGAGAAUCGUUAAAACACAAAAAGUUCAAUGAAACCACAGCGGCAUACCACCUACUGAGAUGCCAGGCACGCCAGGAGGAUGGCAGUAAGCUCCAAACAAAGCCAAUGAACCCGUGUGUGGUGCCUUUCCCUUCCCUUGAAGACCCUGCCACUUUCCCUCUGCCCCCCAGGAGAAGGGCCAGUGAACCUUCCCUUCAGCUAUUAGCCUCAUCCACUGAAAAACACCAUCGAAGGCAAAGGGCGGAGGAGAUAAAUGUCCCUAUUCUGUCAGAGAAGAUAUCCACUCUGGGCAGAGGUCACAAACGGUCUAUGACUGCCCCAUGUAUUUACAUACCAAGUAACAUUGGGAUGGCUGUGGAAGACAGCAGCUUUUCCACUAGAUCCCAGUCAGAAAAGGCCUUAAGUGUUCCGGAACGAAGUGGGACUUCAACAUCAAGCACCCUGCAGCCCAGGGGCUGGGCAGGAUGGAAAAGGAGAAUUGGAAAAUUCUUCCGGAGGCUCUGCUGCUGCUGUGUGUCACCCCACAAAGAACAUACGAGGAAGGUGUGCCCCCAAAACUAA